AUGACUGAGCCGGAGAAUUUCGAGGAGGAUCUCUUCGCCGAUCUCUACGACGAUGAUGCCCCAGCGAAGCCCGCUGCCGCCCAGCAACCCACGCCUACACCUGCACCUGCACCUGCCUCUGUUCCCCAACAGAGCAUCGAGACACAUGCCGAGCCGCCUGCCCAAUCCGGACUGGACUACGGCGGUGGCGGCGGCGGCGGCGACGACCAGAUGAAGUACGAAGAGGAUGAUGAUGAUGACGAUGUAGACUUCAAUCUCGGAGGUGACAGCGGUGGCGGCGGUGGAGGAGGCGGUGGCGGUAGCGGUGGUGGAAAUAGCUACGCUCCUCCUUCGAACGGCGUCGGCAACGUAAAGCACGAUGAACCUACGUAUUCGACGAGCACGGCAAAGAACCCUAGUGCCAAGGAAGACGGGAAAAUGUUCAUUGGCGGACUCAACUGGGAGACGACGGAUCAAUCCCUUCGAGACUACUUCUCCCAAUUUGGAGAGGUCGUUGAAUGUACUGUUAUGAGAGAUAGCAGCACCGGUCGGUCAAGAGGCUUCGGCUUCUUGACAUUCAGAGACCCCAAGACGGUCAAUAUUGUUAUGGUCAAAGAGCACUUUUUGGAUGGCAAGAUUAUCGACCCAAAGCGUGCGAUUCCCCGCGAUGAACAGGAGAAGACCAGUAAGAUCUUUGUCGGCGGUGUCAGCCAGGAGACAACGGACCAAGAAUUCAAGGAUUACUUUGCCCAGUUCGGGCGAGUUGUUGACGCCACUUUGAUGAUGGACAAGGACACGGGUCGUCCUCGUGGUUUCGGCUUCGUCACAUUCGAAAGCGAAGCCGGUGUCGAGGCAUGCCUGAGCACCAGCCUGGAGAUUCACGGCAAGCCAAUCGAGGUCAAGAAGGCCCAACCACGAGGCAAUCUUAGGGAAGAAGAAGAGGCUGCUCGACGCGGCGGGAAGUUCAGGAAGGGCGACGACAAUGCUCAGAGCGGACAGAGCGGUAUGGGCGGCAAUCAGAUGGGUGCUACCGGCGGCAUGACGCCACAGGUCAUGGCCCAGUACUUCCAGCGAAUGCAGCAGUACUUUGCCAUGAUGCAGCAGCAGAUGGCCAUGAGCCGUGGUAUGGGCCCGAUGAACCCGGCGAUGAUGCAGCAGAUGAUGCAGAUGCAACAAAUGCAGCAGAUGCAAAGCCAGAUGAUGGGCCGCGGCGGGGGAGGCGGCAACGGGCAGCAGGGAAUGAUGGGCCAGAUGACGCCUCAGAUGAUGCAGCAGAUGCAACAGAUGCAGCAGCAGAUGCAGCAGCAGAUGGGACAGCAGGGCGGGCCGCCAUCCGGGCCCAGCGGUAGCUUCAGCCCGCAGCAGCAGAUGUUUGACCCAUCCCAGGGGGGGCAGCCACAGCAGCAGCAACAGCCACAGCAGCAAGUCGCCCAGGGCCCGCGACGGGGAGGUGGUGGCGGUGGAGGUGCGCCUCGCGACCAGUACAACCAAGCCGGCGCUUAUGCCAUGGGCGGUGGUGGCGGCGCCCCAACAUCUUGGGAAGGCAUGUACGACGACGUGCCUCAGCCCAACCUGAACCAGGGCGGCCGAGGAGGUUACCGAGGUGGACACCGCGGUGGCUCCCAUAGCGGCGGUUCCCACCAAGGAUCGCCGGAUCCCGCGCACGCCCCGCCUGCCAACGCUCCCACGGGGCCCAAGAACGCGGGCCGACCCGGUGCCAACUACCGCGGCGGUGGCCGCAGUGGGAACCGCGGUUUCCAUCCUUACUCGCGAUAG